CAAAACAGAGCAUAUCUCUAAGUGCCUGUGGAUGACGGGUCAACCAGUGUUCGGUGAGUGUUUUUUUCCUGUGGGUCUUCACUACCCAGUCCGCCACACUAUUACUGUUUCUAUUACAAUAUAGCAGCUUUAAGUUAGAAAAUGAAGACAACAGCCCAUGUGCUUCACUGAUGAGAGCACGCUGUUCCCACGGCGAUUUUUGUGUAUACUUCAAGCUGUUGACUAGAUUCUGGCAGUUUGACUCUAGAGUCAGUCUUUCGCCCGCACGAGGAGAGAGAGAAUUUGAGGGUUUGCACCAUGGCUAGGCUUUCUGCUUGCUCGGCGGAGGAGACGAGGACGUCCUUUGCGAAGCCAUCGACCAAGAUCCCAGCUGAGUUGCGGCACACACAGGCAAUUGAUCCUUCAAAAGAUCCAGGUUGCAACUUUGGGUCCGGGAGGUGCCUUCUAAAGACGAGGUUGUUCCUUGCUUUCCAAAUUUCCCAAAGAACUACCGAGACUAGCUUAAAAUCUGUGCAGGAGCAUCCCAGACUUCCCUCAUCCAUUUGCAGAGAAGAAAUAAAUGUUCCGGGGUCUCCACAUGUGCUCGGCAGAUUGGGCAGUUCGGAUCAGGUACCAUCCUCCUUCUGUACAAAUUUUCCUUCGUUGGGAGGGCAUUUUGACAUACACUCCAUAUAAAGUUUCUGAUUUUGUGGGGAGUUUUCAUUUUCCAUAUCCUGUUCCAGAGCUUGGUAGGAGAUUGGUGAGAGGAGGAGGCACACUGAGCUUCUUAGUUUUUGUUUUUGCGAAGAAUGUUGUAGCUGCUCUUAACAGUGUACUCUCUUUCCCUCGUGCCAGUCAAGAUCAGUUUGUCUUCAUUCA